UUUGCUUUUGUGCAUUAAAAAGGAAGUAUUCUCAUCUCAAUAUAAAAUGUGCCGAAUCUGUGACUGUGAAACUUCACUCAGUUUGGUUUUUAUUUCCUUUUAGUUUUUGACAUUGCCUCCCAAAUUCAAAUGCUGUACCUGCUUCUGAGCCUGUGCAUGGGGUGGACAGUAGUGAGGAUGAGGAAGUCCCAGAGCAGGCCGCUGCAGUGGGACUCUACGCCUGCGUCCACAGGCAUCGCAGUCUUCAUUGUUGUCACGCAGAGCAUUUUGCUGCUUUGGGAGCAGUUUGAAGACACUAGUCACCAUAGCUCACAUUCGCACCACAGCUUAGCUGGGCUCUUGCUCAUCAUCUUGAGAAUUUGCCUAGCACUGUCGCUGGGCUGUGGACUCUACCAGAUCAUCACCAUGGAGAGGAGCACGCUCAAGAGAGAGUUCUACAUCACGUUUGCCAAAGGCUGCAUCUUGUGGUUCUUAUGCCAGCCAGUGCUUGCCUGCAUUGCUGUCGUUUUAAUGACUACCAAAGAGACAAGUUGGGCAACUAGCGUGGGUGCCCUGCAGCUUCUGUCCUGUGGUCCUCUGAGCAUCCUUUCUGCUCCCACACCUGGAGCCGUCACCACGGCUCUGUGA